UGUACUUGUUAUAAUCCAAUCAAUCUUCUCUUGUUUCAGAAAGAAGAAUCUCCCUCCUUCCCUCUCCUAACCUCAUAUUUCACCCCUUCCUCUUUCUCAAUCAAAUUCUCUCUCUUUCUUCUCCUUCAAAAACAAAUCAAAACCCACUUCUUCUUUUUUUCUGUUUCUCAUUCAUUCAUUAAUCGUGUUGCUGAUCAAAUUCUGCUUCUUCUGAGUGAUGGGUGUGAGCUGCUGUAGGUGCUCUCAUACUUCCCAUAUCACAGAAAUCAUCAUCACCAGUUUCUUUCGCCACAAAUCUUAGAAGAGAUAUCUUUCUUUUUCUUUUCUUUUUUUCUUUCUAGCCAUUCACUCUGGAAUCUGGGUCUUUCUUGAUUGCUUGCCCAGGGCUGUGCUGGCCUGCAGCAUAACAAAACCUGUAUAUUUGUUCUAAGAAAAGAUAAGGAUGGCUAAUGCUAGUGCUGGUUCCGGUGCUGGUGGUUCUGGUUCAAAUUUUUCUGUUUUGCUUCAAAGUCAAAGAGGUGCUUGUGCUGCUUCUCAGCCUCUUGAUGCUUUUUUCCUUUCUGGGUCUUCUCCUUCUUUCCUAGGCUCAAGAUCUAUGGUGAGUUUUGAGGAUGUUCAUCAAGUAAAUGGAUCGACUCGGCCUUUUUUCAGCUCUUUUGAUCAUGAAGAGAAUGCUGACGAUGAUUUGGAUGAGUAUUUUCAUCAACCUGAAAAGAAGAGGAGACUUACUGUUGAUCAAGUUCAGUUUCUUGAGAAAAGCUUUGAGGUUGAGAACAAGCUUGAACCUGAAAGGAAACUCCAGCUUGCAAAGGACCUUGGCCUGCAACCUCGGCAGGUUGCGAUAUGGUUUCAGAAUCGCCGAGCAAGGUGGAAGACAAAACAGAUGGAGAAGGAUUAUGAUGUAUUGCAAACUAGCUAUAACAGUCUUAAGGCCGACUAUGAUGCCCUCCUCCAGGAAAAAGAUAGACUAAAAGCUGAGGUUAAUCUCCUCACGGAUAAGCUGCUUCUAAAAGAGAAGGAGAAAGUUAACUCAGAAGUGUCUGAUAAAGACGCAUUAUCUCAAGAACUAUCCAAGAAGCCAAUUGGUGAUUCGGCUUCUGAGGUUGAAGUAUCCAAAGCAUCAACUGUGGCCUUUAAACAGGAAGAUAUUAGCUCGGCCAAAAGUGAUAUAUUUGAUUCAGACAGCCCACAUUACACUGAUGGGGUUCAUUCUUCACUCUUAGAGGCUGGUGAUUCAUCAUAUGUUUUUGAACCAGACCAAUCGGAUGUGUCACAAGAUGAAGAAGAUAAUUUGAGCAAGAGCCUACUGCCUCCAUAUGUCUUUCCAAAGCUCGAAGAGGCUGAUUACUCUGACCCGCCUGCAAGUUUUGAAGAUCAUGCCUUCUGGUGCUGGUCCUACUAAGUUAGUGUUGGUAUAUAUAUCUUUAUUGUGUCUUGUCUUCUUUGUUUAAAAGCUUUAUUGUGGGGUAAAUUGCAAAUAAGCAAUAAAUCCAAUGAACUGCAAACGAGUCUAAAAUGUGAUGUUAUAAUGGCUUUUCCGCCUCUGUAAUCUUGAGUUUUUAGGAAGUUUUUAGAAUUAAAUGGAACUUCUCUGUACGGUUGUAAUUAAAUAAUUUCUUUCCGUGAA